CCUGGGUACUAGUGGCUAACAAAGAUGGCGUCCAUAGCGAGGUCUUACACUCUCGACAAAAAACGGUGAGAAAACUUCCUAGAACAGAAAAUCUGACAUGCAUUCAUUCUUCCCUUCUAAGUCUACUUGGGACAGCUUUCCAUUUACUUAAACAUUUUAAUUUGCGUUUUAAGGCAACAACAGGCGGGAAAUCAAAGAUGUCAGAAGUGUUUACAAAUUGGCCAUUGGACGUAUGAAUGUACCAACAAACGCAAGUACUUACAGAGAGAUUCAAGAACCGCUGUCAUAAAAAAGAAAAUAAAAUUGAUGAAAUCUGAGAAAGGAAAUACUGAUUCAACUAACAGGUAGGCUCAGCGAUUAUUUCGGUAAAGAAUUAAAAUUUCUUUACAUGAUGGUGGGAAUUAACGAGAAACAGGAUGACAAAAGGGUUUGGGGGUGGGGUACCUAUCACCCAUCAGGCCCUCUUUUUUGAAGCUAUCACGCAUCACAGAAAAAUAAAAUAUUAACUACAUUAACAAGUAUCCUAUUAUCAUUUGAUCUGAUGAAAUCAGAGGUCGAUAAACGUGAAAAAAAUGGGAAGAAGUUGGUGUCAUAACUAUCUCUGCUUCUAGUUUCAAAAUAAUGAUAUUGACCAUCACAGAAAUUUCAAAGGAAAAUCAUGCAUGCAUCACAGGUUGUGAAAAUAGAAAAUCAAGUAUCAUGCUGCUAUGCCCAAUCACGCCUACUACUUUGGCCCCGAUCACAAAACACACUGAUAAUUUGGGUCUGAUCACACAGCGCGGAAAACUCCUUUGCCAUCUUGGAGAAACUCAGGAGAGAACUGGUAGAUCAUGGGCAGCCCAAACUUGGGGUUUAUGGUCAUCAGCUUCCUCCAGUCCUUCAGCCGUUUGGUGACCACCCUCCCCAACUGUGCGGUCCUGGGAACUUGUUAGGGGUCACGUGACCCCUGUCGUGUUCCUUGUUCUUUUUGUCCGAACCAUGUGCUUGUUGACUCAUUGUGUUCCUUGAAAGUAUUUAAGCCGUAUAGUCGCUCGAUAUACUACACCACUGGAGGGGCUACUUUUAGAAUUCUUUAGUGAGUGUGCGACUAGAAUCGUGGAACUCUACUAACUAUGCCAAGCACCAAAAUUUCUAAACCUUCCAACUUUUCCUAAGUUAAAUGCGUGUGAAACAAUCCAACAACUUCCAAACAGUGCCAAAACCAUUCUGAUGACUUCCAACUGGUACAAAGAUAUUCCAGUGAUUUUCACGAGUUGACAAAAUUUGUGGAAUGUUAAAUCUCGGUACCAUAUUGCCAAAAUCAUGCAAAUAAUGCUGAGGUUGCAAAUAUCUUGGUAAGAUAUCCAGUGUCACCUAUUUGGUUGCUUUUCACCCUAAUGGUUACUGAAUGAAAUUAUUGUAAGUCAUGUGUGUGAACUGAAAGCUUGUUAAGGAAGUUUUUUAUUGGGGGUCAUGUGACACAUGCAUUAUGAUGUAUCUCAGUUGGCAGAUAAAAUUCCCUUUCCUGCACAUCUGAUGGCAAGACCAUGUCACAAAAGGGGAGUUGCUUAACAGAGCAGGAAUGAAGGCACUUAGUGAUGAAUUGCAUAAACAUGAUGGAAAAUGGUUGGGCACAUCCUGAGACAAGACCAAAACAGUGACUACAAUGUAGCAUUGACCUAGAAACCAAAUGGAAGGAGACAAAGAGGAAAACCAAAAACUACCUUGAGGAGGACAGAGGAAAAAAGUAAAGGGAGAAGGGGCUUGGGGGUCUUGGAAUGAGAUGUGAGAAGAAGGAAAUGACUGUCAGAGAGAGUUAGAAAAGCUCUGUGAAGGUCCUAUGUGCCAUAGAGGUACAAAGAGGAUAGGUGUUCAAGGUGGAGGUGGUUGAAUAAAAGUUGUAACAUGAAUGGUGUGUCCUCACUACACUACCAAUGUAACACAUUAUUUUGUUGAAUCAUUUUCUGACCACCUCACCUGCCACCUACUAAUUUCAUUUUGUAAGAAGAAUCUGAAGAGUGGUUAAUGAUGACUUUUUCUGGGGCAUGAUUUACUGAUUUUCUGCCCUGUUGGCUAAGCCAGUCAAAACACUGUUGCUAAUUAGUUGCUAAUUAAUUAUCCAGUUGCUAAUGAACUCUUGGUGUUAAUAACUGGAUCCAAAGAGUCAGAGAUCCUUUGUUUUCUUCUGAUGCAUGUUUCCUAAUUUGCUGUUUUUCUUAAUUAUUUCUAGUGAGGUCAUUGAAACAGAGAACAAAACAGCAAACAAAAGGUAUCCCAACAUCUUAGUCAUUUGACUCAUGUUUAUGUUAAUAAUGUAGCCUCCCACACAGACACAACCUUCUUUCCAGGAUUCUCUCUUACUCUUCCCCCUCUCUCUCACACCACAGGAACAAGUAGGAGUGAACCCACAGAAUCAAGUUGUCACAGACAAUUUUUUGGCUCGUCACGCAAUCCUGCAUGCACACUUGCACUUAUCCUGUAGUCAAUGACCAUUGGGGUGCCACAGACGUUGCAACCCUCUCCCUCCAUUUUAUUUUGUUUUCAACAUCUCUUACGGCGUCGCAAAUCUUCAACCCUGUCCAUUCAGCGAUGUUGUUCUCCCGACACUUCUAUUGUUGGCCCCUUCUUCUCCCUCCUUGCACUGUUCCUUGUAAAAUUGUCUUGGCAAGCCCUGAUGAUCUUGAUACAUGCCCAAACCACUUUCAGUUGUGUUUCUUUACUGUGGUUAAAAUAUCAUCAGAGGGUCCAAUGACUUGCCUGAUUCUGUCUGUGACUGCAUUGUUAGUAAUGUGAUCUCUGUAUGAGAUGCCAAGCAGUUUCCUAAAGCAUCUCAUCUCAGUGGCCUGCAGUUUCUUUAGGAUGUCUGCUGUCAAUGUCCAGGCGUAGCAGGCGUACAAUAGUGACAAAACCCUAAGAACAUCUGUGUGGGAGGCUAUUGAUAAUAGGGACCUUUAUAUUUGAGGACAAGGACUAUUACAAGGACAAGUAUUCACUUGAAUUUUUUCAUGUAUUCUUAUGAAAUAUACAUCCCAGAAAGCUCUAUUGUACUUGUUUUUCACCUUUUGAUCCCUCUCCCGAUCACAAAAUCAUAAAACUUCUAACCUUUGAUAACUUGUUUCUACCCCUAUCACAUUUUUGCUUAAACCUGUUGUGUAUUUUCCCUAAAUUUCCUACCUAAAUAGUGCUGGUAUACGUGUGCACACCACUUAGUAUUGGGAAAUAUUGUCCUCAUAGAUAGUUGUCCUCAUUUUUGAAUAAAAGGUCUCCAAUGUUGCAUUUUAUCUCUUUUUGACACUUUAAAAUUAAAUCGGCAAAUUUAAAUUUACCGCAACUCAGCUGAAUAGUUAAGAAAGUGUUGACCUCAGUAGUUUCUGGAAAAUAACAACUCUAGGACUCUCUAGAACUCUAGGGAUUUUGGGAGUUCAGUCCAGUACAGUGUAAUGAAAUUGAGCUGAACCAGGUCUGGUAUAGGCUGAUAGUCAGGGGGGUUCCAGCAGCACAUCCCCACCCAUACAAUUCUUAAAGUACCCCCAGGGAUUCCUGGGAUUUGACUGUAUUGAGAUAAACACCACUAUGCUUGGGCAAAGCCACAUUAUUUUAUUUCUUUAUCCAUAGGAAAGGCAGCGGUAAAAGUGAAGAUGAAAGUGAUGAGUCCGACGAGUCUUCAACCACAGAUAGCAGCAAUGAGAGUAACUCCUCAGAGGAAAGCAGCAGUUCUUCUAGCGACAACAGUAGCAGUAGCAGCAGUAGCGGUGAAAGCAGUUCAGAUCAUGAGUCUGACAGCAGUGAUGAUGAUAAACCAGUGAAAAAGAGGAAAAAGAAAAGUCGUUGAAACUUGGCUGACAUUUUGAAAGGACAAAAAUUGCUCGCUUUGCUGUGUCACGGAUAAGAUUAUGGAACUUGGUCAUCACCGUGAUCCGUGCUUCCAAGCUGACUUAUCAACUGAGGAUACAGUUUUAUUAUUUCCAGGAACACGUAGUUUCCCGUGCAGCCCUUAUGUGUCUCGUCACGCAAUAUCACGCAACACUAGAGCGUUUGGUCACGAGACAAAUAAUAGUCGCUUGGAGACUAGGAAACCUGUGUGAUGUAACUGUGCCGCUCAGCCGAGAAGGAGGCCAAGAAAGUAUUACUCUUUGUCUCUUUUUAUUUGUUAGUAACACAGGAUGUUUACCAGUGAGUAGCCUGCAUGGCUGGCGGUUUGUUUAGCGAGAGGGAAAAAAAAAACAGCAAAAAAGCGCCAAGCCACAAAGAGAAUAGCACGGAAACGAGGGCGCGUGGCCCUUUCUUUCUUGUGCUCAUAGUACUUUCAAGCGCCUGGUAAGCGGGAAUGCAGGAUAGUUUUUAACCUGUGCAGCUGGCGGUCUUCUUGCCAUUUUCAAAUUUCCCCACGGCUUCGCCCUUCGUUCACUCGCUCGCUCCCCGAUAUUAUUUCCAUAUAGUCAGGCUAUAAAGUUUUAAGUUAUGACUAGUAGAAACUAUUGGGUUCACGCCUUCUGCUUGUUGCGUUAUCAUGAAGGCCAUAACGGAAUGAACCUGUGGAUUUCAAGACACGUACAGUAUAUUUGAUGAGAGCUAAGAAGGAUUUAAAG